UAGCUCAGCAUGAGUCAUUUCCUGUGGCCGCUGUCUCUUGUUGCUGCUGUCAGGAUAGAAGUGUGUCUGCAGGUGUCUGAAGCUGUAAACAGUUGAGGGAGAUGGCUGCAAAUGGAGCAGAGUGUGAACAGCCACAGAAGAGACUGGGAUCUAAAGACAAGCAGAAUGGCAGUUCCACAGAUCCAUUGUUGAGAGAGAGAAAACAACAGGACAGAGAAGAGCGUCUCUCUAUAGUGCUGUGGAAGAGGCCCUUUAUCACACUACAGUAUUUCUUCCUAGAAACCCUUAUUACCCUAAAAGAAUGGACGUGGAAGCUUUGGAGGAGAAGAGGUGUGGUAUUUUUGACCCUAGUCCUUUUUUCACUUUUAGCAAUGUCUUACUCAAUAGAGGGAGCACAUCAGACGUAUAUACAACACCUGGAAAAGAAGUUCCUGUGGUGUGCCUACUGGGUAGGCCUGGGUAUUUUGUCUUCGGUUGGUCUUGGUACUGGACUUCAUACUUUCCUUCUGUAUCUGGGUCCACACAUAGCUUCCGUCACUCUGGCUGCGUAUGAAUGCGGUUCCGUGAACUUCCCUGAGCCUCCGUACCCAGCUCAGAUAGCGUGUCCAGAGGAUGAGGCCCUACAGGAGAGCAUCACACUGUGGACCAUCAUGUCGAAGGUUCGCCUGGAGGCCUGCAUGUGGGGUGCGGGCACGGCUAUCGGAGAGCUGCCUCCUUACUUCAUGGCGCGAGCGGCUCGCCUGUCCGGUGCGGACCCCGACGAUGAAGAUUAUGAGGAAUUCGAGGAGAUGCUGGAGCAGGCACAAAGCUCACAGGAUUUUGCAUCAAGAGCAAAACUAGCAGUGCAAAAUAUGGUCCAAAAAGUGGGAUUUUUUGGAAUUCUCGCAUGCGCCUCAAUCCCAAAUCCCUUGUUCGACCUGGCCGGAAUCACUUGUGGUCAUUUCCUGAUUCCCUUUUGGACCUUCUUCGGUGCAACUCUCAUCGGGAAGGCCAUUAUUAAGAUGCACAUUCAGAAACUGUUUGUUAUCAUAACGUUCAGCAAGCACAUAGUGGAGCAGAUGGUUUCUCUGAUCGGUGCUAUACCUGGAGUUGGAGCAUCUCUUCAGAAACCUUUUAGGGAGUACUUGGAGGCCCAGAGAGCCAAGCUUCAUAACCCAGCGGGCGAUAGCAGUGCAGCGGGUGAAAGCUGGCUUUCGUGGGUCUUUGAGAAAGUGGUGCUUGUCAUGGUGUUCUAUUUUAUUUUGUCCAUCAUUAAUUCCAUGGCACAGAGCUAUGCCAAGCGCCUCCAGCAGAAGAAGUACUCUGAGGAGAAAACGAAAUGACGGACUCACGCAAAAACAUCUCAUGCUUUCAUUUCGGAACGUACACAAUAUUCAAGCUAAAUGGGCACUAAGUUAUGUGCGUGCUUCUGUAUGUUUCUUAAGUUCCAUUUUAGUUCCGUGAUGUUUUUUCAUUUGUCUGUAGCGUGCUCGCUAUUUAAAAUCAGAUUUAACGUUAGAGAAUUUCGUCUUUACAGAAACAAGGCGGUCUAGCUAAACGGGCUGUGUGGAGUCAUAUUUGUUGCAACGUCUUAUGCAACAUCGGAGGUCAUGCUUCCAUUGAAGUGAAUACAGUUCUUAAUCAAUAGAUUGAUUGAUUUAAUUUCUAACGUACAGGUGUGGAUGGGCAGAGUCGGUUUUGUGAUUGGACUUUUCAGGGAUAGUGUUUUUUUAAUCAAUAUGAUGUCAUUUUGUAUUUCUUUAACUGUUCUAAGAGGAUAGCAAUAUCAACUCAUGGUUUCUAAUAGUUUGCACAUCUUGUAAAUAAUACUUGUUUCGGCUAUGUGCACAUGUUGUUUAUUCUGCUGAUGAACUUAAACUAAAAUGUUGCAACUAGUGGAUGUAACUUUUACCCCGAGGAAAAUGAAUAACUGAUCUUGCAGUUUUAGCGCAUUUCAACUUUUGACAUUUGAUCUAAAUCCAUUAAUUGAUUCAUACUUUUUCUUACUUUGGGCUGUAACUCUUAAUUUCUCUUAGAACUAUUGUUGCUUAACUUCUGUUUGACAUUAAAUUGAUUAAUACAUCUGCAGUGUUAUUUUUGCUUUUACUUUGAGUUGUUUAAAAAGGACAUUAUGAAUAUUUAGUUCUGUGGCUUUGGACCAAGGAACAAUGGAGGUUGAAUGAAAACCAUCCAGAAUGAAGGUACGUAAAAGGUAACAAAUCAAAACUUAAAGCUGAAUAAUGCUACAAAAAUUGGUGAUUUGGACACAUGAUUUCUCAUGCUGUAUGAUUAUACUGUAAUCCAUUUUAUUGUAAAGAUAAUGUUCUGUAACCUUCAUGCAGUGACUUGGCAUUUGCAAAUUUAUCUAAAUUAAACAAAUUUAUGAUCUGUAUGAUAUGAGCCACUGGUUUCCGAAGUGGCACCUCUGUUUCUUCUGUGCCAUCCUCAUUUCAAUGUCUCCCAUUCUGUCAGGUAGCUUAUCAGACUGGUGUUGGCUGUCAGUCACAUGGCAACAGCAGUCUAAUAGGCUGACUGAAAUUAUGGGCUAAUACACCUCCUUGAAUUUGUCAGGUAUACAUUUUGUGCCAGAGAUGAAAGUGUACAUUUGUUUGUUCCCAGAGCAAAUGUAAAUACAAACGAAAAUGUUGAACUGAAUAAAGUUAUAAACAA